AUGUUCAGAAUUAAAGAUAAAAAAUUUAAAUUUUUACAAAAAGAUGCUAAUAAUAAAAUUAAUGAAAUAAUUAAUAAAGAAGAGAAUCCCCCAACUAUAGCAAAAAUCAACAGAGGACUUGGCCACAAUUUUUAUCAGGGAGAUAUAAUUCUCAACCUUAAACAAGCAGAAUUUUUAUUCUCAAAAUUUAAAAUUACUCCAUCACUUAAAAGGAAUAGACGACAAGCAAUUAAUUCUGUAACUUUUCCAACUUCUCUAUGGCUAAAUCGGACAGUCCCCUACACUUUUGGAAAUUCUAUUUGUUAUAAAAAAAAUUUGAAAAUUUUAAAUCCUUAA